AUGAAUAGAGAAGAUGUUGGUAAGUUUAAUAGUCAACAGAAAAGGAAGAAAUUACGACCUUCACUUCAAAUUUGCAAAGGGAAGAGCGUAUUGGAGUCGUCAAACAAUACAGAGCAGAUGGAUGUUGAUCAGGCAUUGACAGUUCACUUCGAAGAAGGAAUAAUUAUGAACAUCCUUAGCAGGUUAUCUGUGCGAUCUCUUCAUCAAUACAAAUGUGUUUCAAAAUUAUGGAAUAUAUUGAUCUCCGAUCCCUACUUUAAGAUGAAGCAUUUCAAGCGUGCCAACAACGACCAAAAUUCCCAAAAAUCUCUUAUUACUCACAUGUGCAUGAAUGAAAAUAGAUUUUCCAGCUACUGUUGUCCUUUAUCGUCGGUUCAAAUGGGUGAGGAUGCACAAAAAAUUGAUCGCCCUUUAAGCUCAAAACCAUUUUUUAGAGCCUUGUGUGGUUGUGAUGGCUUUGUUCUUGUCCUAGUUUCUGGUAUUAUGGUUGAUAAACACCCAAUACAUUUGCUAUGGAACCCCUCCAUAAGAGAAUCAAUAGUACUUCCCGCUCCACACUCUGAGAUAUGUGACUAUACUUGUUAUGGAUUUGGUUAUGAUUCAACUAGCGGUGACUAUAAGAUCCUUAGAAUUUGUGAUCAAGGAUAUAAUGAAAUUCUUGCAUUGAAAGGUGGUUCCUGGAGAAAAAUUGAUAAACAUCCUCGUGGUGUUUCCAAUGUGGUGACUCGUACUAGUUGUUUGGCAUUUCUACACGAGACAUUUCAUUGGAUCGGUAGCAUAAUAGACCCUAGAUCACAUUGGAUUGGUGGCUCGAGAAUAUAUUCUCUCGUUUUAUUUAGUAUUUCAAAAGAAGUGUAUGGAGAGAUACCAUUGCCAGAGCAAAUAUUAUCUUUUGUAGGCAUCUUCUAUCUUGGUGUUUUAGUAUUGGAUGGAAUGCUAUCUGUUUAUUCUAUUACUUUUUCUCCGGAUCUGAAUUUGGAAACUUUAAAGUUAUGGGUAUUGAAAGACUAUGGUGUCAAGGAAUCUUGGACUGCUUUGUUUACUAUAGAAGAUCCCUCUGUUUAUAGAGUCAUUCCGAAAUAUAGGUUUGCGGAUGGUGAAUUGCUAUUCAGUUGCUUUCAUAUUCCAAGUAGCGGAACUCAAUUUCGUACAUCCAGUAGACCAUUAGUGUCAUGGCUGCAACCUGGCAUUCAGGACAUGGUAGUUUUUACAGAAAGCUUGAUCUCUCCGAAAUCAGUAGUUUCUUAUGUAUGA